CCCCUCCCCCCCCCCCGGCGGCAUCUCCCCUCGAAAACCGAAACAAAUCGCCUCGCCCUUACGCUUAGAGCUCCUGCUAUUCACUCAAUUGCACAUACAGCACAGUACCUGGCUUAAAGACCGAAUUACUCUUGCCUUCACCCAACUUGUGCGGUGGAUACAUACAUACCCUCAUCCAUACCCUCAGAAACCAUCCGAUACCUUCUCUUUGAAGUGAACACCCUGGAUUUGAAUCCCUAAACUACCGCGGGAUAUUGUGUUUUGAACCUGGAGAGCUAGGGUUCAUCAUAGCUUGGUCUACGGUCUUGAUUACGUUCCUGUCAUUAUUCUGGGGUUAUUCUAUCUCGGGGCAUGUGGGAGGUGGGGUUGGUUGGUUGGUUGUUUGCUUUGCUGUGCGGUGCAGGGCUUGGGCUGGUUUGGAUUUGGUUUGGGUUGGGUUGGUUCGGUUUGUCCGGUGCGGUGCGGUGCGGUGCGGUGCGGUGCGGUGCAGCGGUGCAGCGGUGCUUGGUGGUGUGUUGUGUUGAACAAUCGGCCUUCUGGUGGGGUGACUUUGUCUGGUCUGUGAAAUGAUGGAAUGAUGGUGAUGGCAUGUAUCUGUACCUGGUUACAUUGAAUGGGUUGGUGGCUUUACUUCUGGAGGAUCACGGGGAUGAGGGAUUGAUCGGAUGGCUGUUUCUCUGGGAGUGAUCCUGUGUUGUUAUUUGUCGAUGCAACAUCUUGCAGUCAACUGGUGAUAGUGAGACGAAUGGUAGUCCG